AUGACUGAAUUAGAUCACAAAGCCCAGUCAGAAGCUUUAAGUCCUCCAAAACCAGCGCAGCCAAUAACGGCGGAUCAGUUACUAGAACUGGAAGAGCGACAACGGGCAAGGUGUAAUGGGACAAAUGGUGAACCGAGACGAAUCAAGACGGGGUGUCUAGAAAUUGAUGAUUACGUUCUUUGUGCCAGUAAAAAUGAAUUGAAUCCGGGGUUUGAAAGAGGUAUUGUGGUAGGCUUGAGUGCUGCUGAUGGAGAUGAAUCCGUAGGUAGUAGAUUGAUAUCUCUCAAUCUUAUAGCCACAGUUCUCCUUCAACAUGUUGAAAUGGUAAAUGCCACUCAGAACCCUCAAAUUAAAUCAAGAAAUGCGUCAAAGCCAAAGGUCGUAGUGAUCGAUACAACCGGUUCCUUCAAUCUUCCUCUCCUAGUCAAGGUGUUGAGAUCAGGACUUCUUAAAAUGAGACAUGAGACGAGAAGUAUGAACGAUACAAGGAUGAAUCAUGGGAAUAGUCACAAUUCAGAAGCAGAUACCGAAAUUGAGAUACAAAAAGAGGUGUAUACAAUGUUGGAGCUGGUUGCAAUUAGUAGAGUCUUUGAUAUUGAGGGAUUAUGGGAGGCAUUAAGUGAAAUAGGACGAACAGAUGGCCAACUCAGUAAGGAUGAGGAACAGGAAAACUUUAAUAAAAAUCCAUCGCCGAAAGCCAAACGUGCUGAAAAGCAAGCAGAACCCCCACUGUACAAAAUACCAGAUGAAAUUGGCGAUAGCGAAGAAGAAGACGUUGAAAUGACCCCGCCACUAGUCCAACCCACAACAUCGAACACAAGCGAGGCAGAAAUUGGUCCCGAAAUACUAGUCAUUGACAACAUGCACUACCUAAUAUCCCACCUCUUCACGCACUCCGAAAAAUCCUCAGCACACAAUCUCCUCUCCCUACUAUCACGGACCCUACACACAUUAACUCAUACCCAAAAUAUCCUCACCAUCCUCCACAACACCACCAUUUCCACCAAAAUCAACUACACAAAACCCGGUGCUCGUCAAGCUCCUCCAGCUAUCCAAUCUAUAAUCACUUCCGUGGCCCAAAAACCUUCACUAGGAAGAAUCUUUGAUGAUUUCCUAGAUCUACAUAUCAUGAUCUCCAAAAUACCAAAGAGGAGAGCAGAUGCCGAGAUUCUCUAUGGUCAGGAUGAGAAAUUUUCGGAGGAAGUUAAUUAUUGUUUUGUUUUUGAGGUAUUGAGGGAUGAAUGUCCUAUUCUGGGUGGAGAUAGAGGUUUGGGAAGGAAGUUUGGAGAUAGAGAACAGAGAUGGGGACUCUUUGAGAUCGGGAAUGAGGGGAUGGAGUUGGUUGAUGCUUUCAGGGGUGGCGAGGAGAUGGUGAUGGGAUGA